UUUUUUUACUUCACGGUAAGGAAAUGCAAGGUUCAGCUCCAGCCUCUGGUAUUCAGAAGAUUUUACAUGACAUAAAAACAAACUUCAUCAAAAUAUUACAUUUUAUUUGUCAAAAUACCUAUUUCAAACACUGAUUUUGAAGUUUCAACCGGAUGUCUUUUAUCUUACAUUCUUUCCAACAUGCCUAGCAGCAGCUGAGACUCUCCUUCACACACACACACACACACACACACACACAGACACACAAAAAGAAAUUGCAAAUCUGACUCGUAGUCCAACACAAUGAGUGCGCACGACGCACAGCCCGCUCCAAAGCUCUCCAACAGCAGCGGACUUUUCCCUCCAGGACCAUCCGUAGCAUGUAUCUCAAGGAGAAGGACCACGGGAGUAUAACUUGACUAUUACUGGAGUUUUUCCCCCCCUCUUUAUGUGUGUGCAUGAGUCUGUGGAGAAACUAUGCCUUUCUGCAAGCGCACCAUACUCCCCAAAGAUGUAUGCAAGCCCGACCGCGGCAGGAGGCUGCAGGCGGAGGUCGUCAAGGAGCUGGGGGACGUGUGCGGUUCCUCCCUGUGCUCGGUGUUGCGGCAGCUCUCGGAUCUGUCCCGGCACUCGGUCAGCAUCCUGGAGGAGCUGGAGGGGGAUCUGGUGUCCGUGUGCCGCCGCUCCGGCGCGCUGGAGGGCAGAGUGGCCCGGCUGCAGAGGCACGUCGCCGAGCUGCUCAGCAAGCCCCCGCCUAGAGCCACCAGCGGUCUAGAGGCAGAGAGCGGAAGGCGCGGUGGCAGCAGCAGUAUCAGCAGCCACGGUGACGGUAACCACAGCAGUGGCGGCGGAGGCAGCAGUAGCAGUGGCGGCGGCAGCGCGGCCCAUUUCAGGUCUCCAUGGCAACAGAGCGUGAACGUGUUCGGCUCGUGGAGCAGGCCGGAAUGUGUUGAGGAGCUGCACCAGCAGGCGCAGCUCAACCUCCAGAGCCUGCUGCAAGAAUUUGAAGAACAGUUGUACGACAACAAGCUGACUGGCCAGACGUUUCGCCAUCCGUCCUCGCAGAGCUCAGACGACACGUCUACAUCACUCAGCCACUCACCAGUCUCUCUCAACAACAAGAGACCCGACUUCAUCUUUCUGCCAGCGUCCAAGCAGCUUUAUGAGGAUGAAACCACCUCCUCCGUGUUUGGCCUGAGGUCUGUGAUCAAACCGUCACCUUCCCCGACCCCGUCCCCCUGCAGCUCAGAUCUCCCCACUCUGGGCUGGGGCAGCAACAACAGUAACAGUAGCACAGCUACAUGUGCCACCACAGGGCCACCUGUCGCCGAAAAACCACGCUGGCACCUGUUAAGACGCACGCCAGCUUAUUGUUUGCCACUGGACGUUACAGGUGAAGUGGGAGCAGUAAAAUUCCACGGUGUCGACCUCCUCCAGCACUCUCCAUCCCCGUCCCCCUCUCCUGGGGACCCCUAUCCCAAGCAGCCCCACUCUCUGGAGCUUUUUGCAGAAACGCCACAUCAAACCCUCCCAUUAAGGAAGACACACUCAGAGCUUGACACAACCCUAGCCACAGAUAACAGUUUGGGGCAACGUCUCCCAGAACAGCUUCUUACCGGCGAUAUGGACCACUCUGGGUUGCUGUUCUCUAACACAUCCUCAUCCUCCUGGAAUGGACCUAAAGGAUCUACAUUUUCUCCUGCUGCGUGGAAUGAGACUUACAAUUACAACAUGAGUAAAGGUCCAGCAGUUCCUCCCAAGCAUCACAGCGUCAUUGGUCAUGCUGGUGGGAUCCAAGACGGGGUAAUGCUGGUGAGCUCAGGACAGUCUGUGAGCUCACAUUCCAGCUCAUUCACAUGUGUGACAGACCCUUCUGGGAGAACAGGAAACAGUGGAUCAGGGAUCUCUCCAUCAGCGCUCACGAUGGGAAAGCGGAAGGACACAGAAGGGGCACCAGCAGAUGCAGGGCGAGGAGGUGGUGCGGAGGCAGGACAAGGAAGGCAGAGGUCAGCACGAUCCAUAGCAGCACAGAAUGCCUUCAAGUUUCGGGAACGUUCCCUUUCCACGCCCACUGAUUCUGGCUCCUUUUGCUUUACAGAGGGUGGUAUAGAGCCAGACUUGACUAUCACCACUACUAGGAAUGGGAACACUAUGGUAAUGGACCACCAUCAAGAGCAUCACAACUAUCUGGGUCAUGGAGAGAACUAUGCCCUUCUAUACCCUAGAGGGAGUUCUGAAGACAGUGCAAGUACUACAGACACUGUCUCUGUUACAGCUUCAGAUUACAGCACAGAAGGACGCUUGCGCCUUCGCUCUCGUUCCAUCUCACUUAAGAAAUCCAAGCGCAAACCCCCACCCCCUGUGAGAAGUGUUUCCUUAAUGAAAAACCUCGGAGAAGCUGAGGGCAGACUAAGGCAUGGGGGUGGUCUUUACCGAGAUGGCCGGCCAAAGAGCCUGCACAUACCUAGAGAUAACUUCCCAGACUUCCAGCCAGAUUUCCUUUUGACAAGCUCUUCUUGCUCCUCUAAAGCCAGUGUUGGUGAAAGGGAGCAGGGCCAAUGGGGCAACGAUGGACCUCCAAGUCUGGAAGUCCAAGCACCUGAGAAGGAAGGGGAAACAGAGAUGAACUUCCCAACUCACUGGCAGUUGGGAGAGUGGAAGAGUAAUGAUCCUUACAGGUCUUUAUCAGGCUCAAGCACAGCAACAGGUACAACAGUGAUUGAAUGUAUGAAGGUCAGAAGUAGCUCAGAGUCCCUUCUAGACUCUCCCUCCACUUCCAGAGCCACGUCCCCUUCACAGUUAUCAGUGGAGACUGAUGUUAAGGCUUCCUCACCCUUAAAACCUCCAGGACUCAUAUCACCAUCAAGUGGCUAUUCCAGUCAGUCAGAGACUCCUACUCCAACAGUUCCAAUAAAUCAGGGGACAGUAGGUACAACAGGGUGUAAGAUGCGUCCAAAGAUCCCAGAAAGGAAAUCAUCACUACCGUCACCAAAGGACCCAGCUGCCAGGUCAAGACUGUCAUUUGAAAUGCCUGGAAAUGCACAUUUGGAGCUGUCAUCAAUAAGGCCGAAGCAGAAGGCAAGUCGGCGCCAUUCAGACACCUCUACUGCUGCCAAACCAGGAAAAAUCAGCCCCAAUUCUUCACAGGCAUUACCUGUGGUUACCCAGAAUGAGCUAAAGACCAUUAGACUUCGGUCUAUUUCACGAGGAGACCUGGAGGACUGUCCUGAUGGAGCUUCUGACACGAUUGAAGAAGAGCAGCAUGGCAGAGACAUCAGCGACGACCCCAGCCCGCCGCCAACUCUACCAAAGCCAAAACCACCCGUGUCUGUCAAGCCACCAUUGCCCAAACGGCCAAUAAACCUCCUCCUUAAGUCUCCUUCUCCUUGCUCCACCUCCCCCCUUGCCAUUGAAUCUCCUCCUGCCUCACCUGUGGAACGUCCAGUGCCUCUUGGCAACAUCUACAAAGUCAUGAAAAAGCCCAAACCAAAAAAGCCCCCACCACAAACUGCCACAAGCCCUGCUGCUCCCCCAGAUUUGAAUUCUACCAAUGUGCCACUCACUGCCUAUGAUCACCCAUUCCUCCCUCAUUCCCAGUCUCUGUUUGACCUCCCACCACUCCCGGACCCCCAACCUUUGUUGGAAGACCCAAUGCUCGAACCUGAUUUUGAAGGAGAAUCAGAUAUCCGUUUAGAACCUGAGGAUGGAGGCUCACUUCCUUCUCCAUGCAGUUCUCAGGAGCCCCCUGAGCUCCAAAACAAGAGCAAGACACUACCUUCAAGGAUGACAAUCUCCUGUCUGGCAGAAUUGUCUGACAAAAAGAAACCCAAGGUUCCUCCUCCAGUUCCUAAGAAACCAAAUGUCCUACUCCUUCCCACACCACUACACCCUUCCACUAAUGGAAGCACAGAUCGGCAGAUCACACAGUCUGACAGCCCCAUGGGUCUCCGGUCUCCAGUUGGAGCAUUUGCACCAGAUGAUGUUCUGGCUAGUUCUAGUGGUCCUGAGAUGUCUGAGCAAGAGGAAAACCACUUGGGAACAGACGAGGACAGUUCAAAAGAGUCAUCUCUGCAGUCGUCACUCCAGGAUUCUUCUUUCACAGAACUUGGAGAAAAAAUGGUCAGCACUGGUCUUGGAGCAGAUGAUUCUGUUGCCGAUGAGAAGACUACUCUCCACAUUGCUGAGGAAAUGGAAGACGACUUGUUGGCCAGCACUCCUACGACACACACCACAGAGGACUUGUUCACCAUUAUACACAGGUCCAAGCGAAAGGUUCUUGGCCGUAAGGAGCCCUCAGAUUCUUUUGGCAGCCGCCAGAGUCUGGUGUCACCGGUGAAGCACAGUGCUAGUGGGAGUGAUCAUCGGAACCUAACCUUGGGUAGCAGCCAAAGGUCAAGUUCUCGCAACGAGAACUUCAUGGCCCUGCUUCAGAAGAAAGGCAGCAAGUCUUCCAGUGGAGGAGCGAGGGUGUCCGCAAUGGAGCUCCUGAAGAGCACAAACCCUCUAGCCCGACGCAUCACAGAGUUCUCCGCCGCAUCAGCUGCCGAGGGAGGGGAGGUGCCGUCUGGGACUGACAAACCCAACGAACAGUGAACGGAAAUAUAAUUUCUAGAUGUUAACGCGGUUUGGUUCCUAUUUACUACAACACAAACCAACUCUACUAUCUGCCACAUGCUGAGGACAUACUUAGCGCCCUAACCUCUGAUUGACCAUUUGGACUGUCCAAUGAAAUUGGAGCACAUUUUUCGGCAAAACAACCCUUCCUAUGGUUGGCGUUCAGUAUUUGCCUGUCAAACUCAUAAGUGAAGAAAAAAGCUUGUUUUUUACUAUAUAUAAAUAUAAAAAAAAACAUCUUAUUUAGUGAGAAAAAAUGGGCAGAUGGACUGGCGAAGAUGACACUGGGAAUGUAGAAAUACGCAGUGAAUAUCAUGGCACUUGACAUUUGGAUCAGCACUAACAACAGAUCUGAAUCUCCAACCAUACCAAUCUGCCAUGACACCACAGAGGACAAGGAACCAACUUAACCCAAGAAACAAGUGGAAGACAAUUAUAUUGUCUGUUGGUUAUUCAGUUGCUUUACAGGUGUAACACCUGUAGCUCUCUAGGAAGUUAAUGUUUGGGCAUCAGUUUUGCGAUGGGGGAACUGAGGAAGGUGAACUUGGACUUUGAUGCUCCAUUUUCUCCCGAAGUCAGUUCAAUAGCAUAGCAUACCAACAGCGAAGUGCCAGACUGAGCAAAAAGAAACUGCAUGGGGGAUUUUGUUUAUGCCACCAAAGAUGAGGCAUGAGCAUGUCCCUCAUUUUGUUACCCGUGCUGUGACCGUGAACGUGGAUCUUCAUAUAGCAUUCCACAGAGGCACCAAGCGAACCGACUUGGAAAGCAAAGCACUUUUCUUUCCUUUGGCCUCAGAGGUCGUUUACAUGGCGAAAUCAAUUUUGCCGCUUUGCAUUUAGAUUCCCCUCAUCGUUCAUUAUCUUUUUAAUCUGUUUUUAAAUGUUACGUUUUACUCCUAUUUUUUUAUACGUUCAAAAUGUCUAUUUACUGUAUAUGUUUAAUGGUAUUAUACUAUAUGUAACAUGUACAAAGAUAAAUGGAAAGCAUCUAUCAACAAAGACUCAAAAUAGUGUACAGAGACGCGAGAAGCUUGGACUUCAAACUGCCGAUGCACACACUAUAGCACACACACUGACAGAAAAGUUACGCUAUGAAAGAAAAACAGAAAAAGACCGUCUACACGAGUGUGUGUGUGUGAGUGUGUGUGUGGAUGCAAUCAUGCCUGCUGAUGUUUCCACAGAGAGAUCAUGAAGCAGGCCUGGUUAUUUCACAGGGUUUUUAUUUGUUUUUGGUCUCUGGUGUUGGGGGGCCGAAGAACUGUUACAAACAGACCACAGAGGACCUACACUAAUGUUAUGUUUGUAUGUGUGUGAGCGUGUAUAGAUGGAUGCUUCAACUAAAGAGGGAGAAUAUGGAGCAUGUGCACAAAGGUUUGUUUCAUGUUUGAUGCGAGGUGUCCCUCAUUAGUUUUCAUUAGAGCUUGGAUGUGUGCAGAGCCCCCCUGCAUGGCCUCAAUAGAUUAGAAUGACCCAAGUGAAAUCCCUUUAGGUGAGUUUCCUUACUUAGUUGUCAUCUUUAAAAUGAUCCAAGUCAUUCUUGUAGCUUAACAAGACAAGGCCUCGUUUUAAUUCAAAACGGACAGAAGCCUAGCUGGAAUUUCAACGGUUUGGUUACCAUGCUCAAGAUAGAGUUUGAAAACCUUUUCUCCUAUUGUUUAAUUUAGAGAUAUGAGGCAUAACUAAAGUGAAUGUGGUACCUGGAUAUGUUUUAUUGCAGAGUGACCUUUUAUGGAUUCUCCUGUAGGGGGUGUUUUCAUCACACCGGUGCCUGUGCUAAACUAAGACACCAGUGCUUUGUUCCGCCUGUUUCUACCACUAAAGCUCUCACUAGGCAAGGAAACAAAAGUACUCGACCAACUCUUUGCUGGACCAGAGUAAAAACCCACUUUUGGCAGGAGCUAGAAGUGGCUUCAUAGGGAGCAACUACCAAUCAAAAUGUUGAGUGCCAUAUUAAAAUUUCUGUCUAGCUUCACUUUUAGAACUUAUUUAAGAAAAGUAAUGACAUAACCCCAGUUAGAAACACACUCUUCCGCCCUGCCCUGUAACCUCUUAGAUGAAAACCAUAUCAUUUACAGGUGUGUAGCUACGCCGGAGCAAUUCUUCUAACAAGGUUUAAAGUGGAGCACAGCAAAGUAAAACUUGCCAUCCAGCUUCCAUUUAUCACUUAGAAGCAUUUCUAAUGGACGUAGGAGCAAGCACUGUCAUUUCUUUUUCCUUAUUCAAAUCCAUAGUUAAUAACCCUAACGCUAACCUGUUUCUGCAGAGCUUACUGGACUAAUUUCAAGCCCAGAAUAUGCUGUUUUAUGUCACAGUACCACAUCAAAUUAGUCAACCAACUGGAGUGGAACAGACUCAAAGGUCCUGGUUCAGUGGUUCCUCCUUACACUCAUCUAUAAGACUGUGGAAUCCAUUCUAUUUCCAGGAGGAUUCAGGAAUCAAAAAUGUUCAAAAUGGUUUCCAGAAACUUAAAGAUUCUAAAACAAAUGAGUAACAAAAAAACUGUAAAUAUUAGAGCUCUUGUAGAUUUCAUUAAAAAGAGAUUCUGAAACCUUGAGGAGCAAACAAUAAAAAUCUUGUUGUAAUUAGACUAAAAGGAGUCCACCAACCCCCAGGACUCUGGAUUGUCAGACUGAGGGAAUGCUGUGAGGCCGCUGCAGCUUUUGCAGAUGAACUGGUAAAAACUGGUUCAAUAUGAAGUUCCCUCCAUCUGUCCAUUGGCGCUAUAGCAGAGGGACGCUCCGGGCAUUGAAGAGGUUCUGUUUGUUUUGCCCUCCCCAGUGACAGCUCAAGUCACCCACACCCCCGACCACUCCCAGCACUCAUCCUCCUCUCAUGACUGUUGGAUCCAUCUCCAUCUGUCUCUUUUGCUCCACUCUAACCCAUUCAUCUGGCAAAGAGCUCCUUCUCUUUUGUCCCCUAUUUACCGCAUCCUCCUCUAUUGCCUCCUCCUAUUCCUGCCUCUCCACCUCCUUUUUUUCCUCCUCCACCUCACCAUCUCUCUCUGCAUUCAGUCUAUGCAUCUGAGCUCAGCAGAAGAGACGACACAGGAUGAAUGUCAAUGAAAGGACUGUUAGAAAACAUUGAUGCUGUUCUUUGAUUUUGAAAAAUGCAAAAACCUUCUUAGUUUGAGCUUUCCUUUUUUUAUACUGUUAGCACCCACAUAGCAUGGUAUUACCAUGAACGAGUAAGGGAGUAAGUGAAAGUAUGAAUGAAUGAAUGAAUUUAAGAGGUGUUUUUGCUUGAAGGACCUUGACUUUCAGAACUGUGAACACAAAGAUUAUUGGCUAUGGACCACUGCGUGUGGGUGACCAGACAAGCGUUCCAGGCUGCUAAACCUGACUUACCCCUCUGCAUGGAUGGACUGUAUAAACCCAGGAGGGAAACCUUUCAUCUCUUGACUCUUGCUUGGCAAAGUAUCUCUCGGUGCUAUUGAGUCGGAGCUCUAUCUUGUGGAUGAAAAAUGAAGCGUCACAACAAAAAGGAACGGGGAAGGAAAACUAUCAGCCACACGCGUCUUUCUUCCCAACAACAGUCCUUCAGGUAUUCAGUCGUUCUGGGAAAAAAAUACGUAAGUCCAUUUAAGAUGACUAGUAAAGUGAUGCUUGUUUUUGAUAUUUAGUGAAUGACACCGAUAAAACUAUAAAACUCUGUGUUUGUUUGCCUUGUAUACUGAAUUAUGGGUGUUGCUGCAGCAACUUCUUGAUUUCUUUGUUUGUUUUUAAAUAUCAUUUAUUAUUAUUUUGACUGCCUUGGUAGUGGAAAAACUAGUUUUUCACCAAAAAUGAAUGGUAUACAGCAGGAGCAUAAGAAAGACCUUGCAUAUAGUCUAAAAGACAUUUGUAUAACCCCAUCACUUAACCUUAUUUCUACACACACAUGCAGCUAAAUGUUCCUUAGAUUUGUCACAGAGAUCAAGAAAAAUAAGAAGGUUGAGUAUAAACAGAAGGAAAAAAAGCGUUAUUUUUAGACUGAGCCAACUCAAAGAAUGUACGGUUAGAAGCAAAAGGAAUAUGUUCAAUCCAUGUGGUUUGAGGACAAAACACACACAAGUUAAAAAAAAAGUGUAAAACUGGUUGCACUGUCGCUUCCUGUUUGUGUGCACAUUAGUAGCCCAUAGUGUGUUUGUAAGACAGAUGGCAGAUUCCUAUGAAGCGAAAAGUCCAGAGUGGUACAGACAAGCCAAAACAUAUGGGUACGGCGGUAAACAAUUAGGGAUGCUAUCCCUUAUGUAAAGAUGUUUUCAUUUAUUAUCAAGAAGAACAUAUUGCUCUACAUUACAACUGGCGACAUCAGAGUGUGCAGCUCCACAAACAGUUGAAUUGUUAGCACCAGCACAGAGCUGUAUUUGUGCAAUUGUUUUGCUUUGCAAAUGUCAUUAUAAGCAUCAAGACAUUUACCGGCACACAGAGCCGGACUGCAUUUGGAAAAUCAGAACCAAAGAGCCGAGCUCUCUUUGCCUACAGCACUAAGCUAAAAAAAUAGAAACACAUUUAUUGACAGCUUAUUAUAUUGGAAAAUUAAAUUUUUACAAAAUAUCUAAUAAGAGGACUAUAUUGAAGAUGAACUAUUACUCCCCAUUAAAUGAAAAGUGCUAUAUUACAGAGAAAUGACCUUUAUUUAUUUUCUCUGCUCAUCCCAGCAGGCUUUGCUUUGUUUAAGACGUUAUUUAAAGUGCCCUCUACAGUUAUUGGUACACCUGGUAAUUAAUUGUUUAUUUUCACACAAAAAUUUUAGAAGAACCCAACAUUGAAUUUGAUUUUAAAAAUCCCCAAAAUCCCAUGCCACAAUGUAUGGCAACCCUAAUAAAACCUUUUAGUUAAAACCUAUUAAGUUCAGUUACAACUGAAGCAGUUUUGCAUUUCUUUUACUUUUUUCAAUUCCUAACUGAUACAGGAAAGCAGAAGAAAGUGGCACCUUUUGGCCACCGAGUCUCCAUGACUCAACAGAGGAUCUGUGACCCUGUGGGCCUCUUUGUCUUCCAGUGGCCCUGGUAGUGAUGUGUCUGUGUGGGAACAUAGCAUAUACGAGGACUAAAGACUGUGGACCAUCUAGAGCUGCAGUCAACUUUAAAACAGACAUUUUUGCUCUCGCUUUUCCUAAAAUAUUUUGUGUAGAGCCACAACACCUACAUGACCCUUAGUAAAAAAUAGAUAGCUUAUUAGGUUUUAAAUAUACCAUUUAUAGGAUUAGUUUUUGUUGUUGUUGUUAAAGAACCAAAAUAUGUUCUUUUAAGGUUUCAAUACAAAGACAAAUGUUAAACUUUUACAAAACGAGAAAGAAUACUUUUUUCAUUUUGUAAUACUAGACAAAUACUAGACAGUCCUGAAGGACCAGCAAAAAAAAAAAAAAAACAGUUUUUAAGAGGCUAAUUUUUUCUGUUUGUUCUGUAAUAGUCUAUUCUCCCAUUAGACGCACAGAAGUCAAACCACUGGGAUUGACUGACACCUGCCAAAAGGCCACUUACAGCUCCAGAGACACAGGUUGCAAGCCAUUAAUCUAGGGAGAUUGUGCAAAAAGGACUGGUCAAAUCCUCCAAACCUGUGAAAUGUUAAAGGAGAGGACCUGUUGGUAAUAGAGAAUUGCACAAUGUAUUUAAAAGCAGGGGUGCCAAUAACUGUGGUCCUGGAUGAUUUUGUAAAGGAGAAAAAAAAACAAUAACCAUAUCUUAAUGCAGGUUUUUAUUCCCAAUAAAUAAAUCUACUCAAAUUAAAGGCCUGAUUUUAUUUAUUUAUUUGUUAUUGUUAGAUUACAGAAAAGCAAGAUACAAAUUAUUUUUACACAUCUUUACCAAGGGUGCCAAUGAAUAAAAGUGGAAGGUGCUGUGUUAUAUGAGAAAGUAAGAAAGGAGACAGUAAAAUGGAUCACAUAUGAAUUUAAGUCAUGUUUAAGUCAAGUCAAGUGGGGAUACAAAUAGAAAGUAUUUGAAACUGAGUUUGUAUUUCACCACUGAACAAAUAUAGAAGAUAUCUGUAACUUAAGUAAAACGUUUAUAUCAGACAGUUAUUGUUUUUUUAACUGCAGAUGUGGUAACAGAAAAUCAGUAAUCCAAUUUUACAUAAACAUGGACAGGGAUGGACAAUCUGAAUCCUAAUGCCCCACUCGGACUAAUGGAUUCAUGACAGGUUUUCCAAUUAGGCACCUCUUAAUCUGUCCGAGCUGUUGUAACUUCUGCACAGCUUUAUGAGACGGUUCUAGAUUUUAGACAGCCCCGCGGAAAGUCGAGGCUGCAGUUUUGGACCAAUGAGGAUCUUGUUUCAGGAGGGCAACAUGAGUGAUGUUCACUUUAUGUGUGUCCAGGCUAACCCAAGAAAACAGUCCCCCAAACCUAGUUUCUAAUGAAGUGCUGUUGCUGUGCAGGCAGCUUCUGAAGACACAGAUGUUAAUUAGAGAGGCAUACAAGCAAGAAAGACGGACAGAUUUAUUUGAAUGAUUCUAUUUUUGUUACAUCUUAUUAAAAAAAAGCAUAUUUAAAGGAAUAUUCCAUGUAUGUAUUGAUUAUCCUCUGUUUCCUGGCCCUAUCCGAUGGUGUAAUCUGUAGCUGCAAAGUGGCGUCUCACACAAAUGCUCCUCUCUGCAGCUAUCCAAUGCCAGUGUGAUGAAAAAUGUUAUAUCAUUAUAAAUAAAUUAUUUUUCUUGCCUAAA